CUGCCGUUUCCAUCUCAGUCGUCUCAUUAGUUGACUCGGUAACUCCAGGAAAACUAGCAGCGUGACAAACGUCCUCCCUUUCUUUAAUAAUUGCACUUUGAACCAUUUCAGAAAUCAGAACUAUUCCCCUACUUGCUUUAAGCUGCAAUUGAUGAAUAAUAAAAGGUCAAAAAAAAAAAAAAAAAAAAGAAAGAAAGAGAUGACAUGUAAUGAAAUUAAACGAUAUGAUAAAACAAACCAAAAAUCUCUUUUUUUUGGGGGUAAAAGAACUAAAAAUCUCAAGAAGUCAAAUCAAGAGCUCUUCAGAGAAUUCAGAGGCGAAUUGAAGAUCUAUAGAAACAGAAAAUCGCCACAGGACAAGCAGAUAUGGCUCUAGUUGCAGUGAAAUUUUUGCUAGAGAAGUUGGCUAUCCUGCUCCAAGGAGAAAUCCAAUUGCUUGGAGGAAUUCAUGAGGAGGUGAACGAGAUCAAGGAUGAAUUAGAGAUCAUAAGAUCCUUCCUGUUGGAUGCAGAUAGGAGAAGCGAGACUGAUCAGAGUGUAAAGACAUGGGUGAAUCAAGUGAGGGAAGUUGCUUAUGACAUAGAGGAUGUUCUUGACAAGUUCAUGAUUUGCCUAGCCAAUCCCCAUGGGAGAGGCUUCAUCCAUUCUAUUCGUAAUCUCCUUCGACGUGUUAAGCAAUUGAAAGCUCGCCACGAUCUGGCAAUUGACAUUAAUGGUCUCAAGCGGCGGAUAAAAGCCAUAUCUGAUCGAAGAAGAGCAUAUGCUUUUGAGAGGAUUGAAGAAAAGGCAAGUGCAGAUGCUACCUUGAAUAGAUUGAAUGAUUCCAGAUUUGAUCCUCUUUACAUCAAUGAAGCUGAUGUUGUAGGAAUCGAGAAGCCAAGAGAUUUACUGAUUAAGUGGUUGAGGGAAGGUGAAUCAAGGCUAACCACUGUCUCUGUGGUAGGUUUGGGUGGGCUAGGAAAGACCACUCUUGUGAAGAAGGUCUAUGAUAGCCAAACCGUUAAGGGACACUUCGAUUGCCACGCUUGGGUUACCAUUUCUAAGUCUUUCACAACUGGAGAUCUUCUACGCACUGCACUUAAAGGGUUUCUAGAAUCAACAAAGGAACCACCUCUUGGAGGAUUGGAAAGGAUGAGUGAUGAAGAACUGAUUGAGGCCCUCAGGAACCAUCUGAAUUCAAAGAGAUCAAACAAUGGGGUGAAUAGCUAUCCUCAAGAGCUGGAGGAGCUAUCUCGGAGUAUCUUGAAAAAGUGUGGUGGUCUGCCGCUAGCAAUUGUGGCAAUUGGUGGAUUGCUGUGGAAGAAGGAGAAGACGGUGACGGAAUGGAAAAAGGUUCACAGUAGCCUCGGUGCAGAAAUGAGAAAUGAACAUGACCUUGAAAACCUAGGGAGCGUACUUAUGUCAGGUUACAAUCACUUGCCAUACUACCUUAAAUAUUGCUACUUGUAUUUGAGUGUUUUCCCAGAGGAUCACCUAAUCAGAAGAAUUAGAUUGGUCAGGCUGUGGGUAGCAGAAGGAUUCAUAGAAGAAAUCCAAGGCCUCACGGCUGAAGAGGUUGCAGAGUGUUACCUUAAUGAGCUCAUAAGUAGGAGCUUGAUUCAAGUAGUGGAGACAGAUGAGUUUAAUAGGGUAAGAACUUUAAGGCUUCAUGAUCUGAUGCGAGAAAUUGUUCUGUUAAAGUCAAAGGAAGAAAGCUUUUGCAGAGUGAUUGGGGAAGAACGCUUGGCGAUAGAUCAGAAAGCACGUAGAUUGUCAAUCCAGACUACAUUGGAGAACUUUCCAUUGGGUACAGCAUUCCCAAGCCUCCGUUCUUUGUUAGUCUUCGUAUUUGAUAGAUCUUCUUAUUCUUUUGGCCAUUCAUUCUUCCACAGCUUUAAAUUUUUGAGGGUGUUGGAGUUAGAACUUGCACCUCUUCAUCAAUUUCCAGUUGAAUUGUUGAAAUUGAUACAUCUUAGGUAUUUGAGUUUGAGGGGCACAAUGAUAAAGAAGCUCCCAAAGUCUUUCGGGAAGCUCAGGAACCUGGAAGUACUGGAUCUCAAAGGCACUGAGGUAUCUAUCUUGCCCUCUGGGAUCUUAAAAUCAUCAAGUCUCCGCGAAAUCCGUAUUUUUCAUUACCGUUUUGAAUCUUCAAAGUUCUUUGCUAAUACUCAUGGAGUGAUUAUGCCAUCUGGGAUAGGGAGAUUGUUGAGUCUUGAGAGAUUGUCAAUUAUAGAAGUGAACCAUGAUAGGGAUCAAGUGAUCGAGUUGGGAAGGUUAACACAACUAAGGAGGUUGGGCAUUUCAAAACUAAGAAGAGAAGAUGGGGAGAAUCUGUGCUCUUCUUUAGAGAAGCUAAAGCACCUAACCUCUUUUCAUGUGAUUUCUGAAGCUGGUCAACACCUUCAGCUAGAAUCUGUGUCAUCUCCUCCACCACUUCUUCAACAUCUAUAUCUCAAAGGUCGUUUAGCAACCCUGCCAAGCUGGGUUAUUUCUCUUACAUACCUCCUCGAGUUACGGCUACAAUAUUCUAGACUGACUGAGGAUCCAUUCAUGGCCCUUCAAGAGAUUCCUAACUUGGUUUAUCUUGAUCUCCGAGAAGCCUAUGAUGGGGAAGAACUAUCCUGCAAUGCUGGAGGAUUUCGGAGACUUAAGAAGUUGGGCAUACAACAACUGGAACAGUUGAAGUGUGUCCGACUAGCUGAAGGAGCAAUGCCUAUGCUUAGAACACUAGAAAUCACAGGGUGUUUGGUACUACAGACGUUACCACUUGGCAUUGAAAACUUGAGCAAUCUUGAAGAGCUGCACUUGUGGGAUAUGCCCCUUAGAUUCAUGGGAAGAGUAAGAAAUUCAGGUGACGACGGUUGGAAAAUUCAGCAUGUUCCAACAAUUAAGCAUGCUUAUGAGAGUAAUGGAAGAUGGGUUGUUCAUCCAAUUCCUAAGGUUUUGUUCCAUCCAGAUAUGGUAGAUAGUAGCGCCGAAAGCCAUCUUACCAAUAGAAUCCAAAAUGGACUUGAACAAUCUUUUUAUCCACCUCCACCCUCCUCUCCUAGCCUUCGAUGGUCGGAUGACUCAGACCAGUAUUUGCAUGGGAUAUCACUCUAAUCUCUUGAAAAGAGAGGACACUGAAAGUACUUGUGUUCUAUGUUCUCCGUUACAUUCCAACAGAAACAUCAAGAAUUUGGAGAGGGAAGUUUUAUUUGCUUCUCUUUGGACUGCAGAGUUAUUUUCAUGCUUAAAUGUCUUCUCCAACUGUGCAUCUGGCAACCUGAGGAUUCUUGUUGCUUUAAAGUUACGUUGCUAGUAUAAUAACUUGCCCUUCCAAAGCUGUUUGGAAGGGUAAGCCUUAAUCUUCUAUGUCCUGGUUGAGACAGUUUAAGUGAAUGUCUGGGUUAUGCAUCUAUUCCUCUACAAUUUGUUUGUUAAGAAAAUGUAAAUAAUGUUCAGUCAUCAAUUCAAUGAGAAGGCCACUCAAAUUCAUGUGCAACUAUGAUGGAAAGAUCAAAACCAGCAGCAGCUGAAAUUUUUUACUUCAAGGACUGAACCAGUUGUUUGCAGCAAAGACAAAUGGAAACCUUAAAUUAGGCUCACUUCUGAGAAAUAUGUCAUCAAUGUGUCAAGAAUUCAUCCAGGUUUCCACAAGAUGAACUGUUAGCAAACGAUUAAGUCUUUAACUUAAUGUGGUGGAAGAUAUUUUCACUUUUCUCUUGUUUUUGGGCUUCACAGCAUCUUUCAAAGUCUUGUCUUCAUUCACUUGCUGCCAUGCUCCACUGGCUUCAAUUGGCGCAGACCUACUGUCACGAACAUCUAGUACUUGCUCCACAGCCUCAACUUUGAUGCGAAGACAAGGCAGCUGAAAUGUUGAGGAGGAUUGGUUUGGAUCAGAAUUUGAAGAUAAGUGUUAAGUAACAGUUCAGCAUCCCAAGGAGCAACGGGGGCUUAAUGAUCAGGCUACACCAUUACAUUUGCUAUGAUUUAAAACAUAGUUGUCACAGCAUCUACGCGACCCAAGGCAUUGGGGGUGGGGGGGCUACAGCCUAGACGUCAAGACAACACCAACAAGGAGCUCUUCCAGCAAAAGACACUUGAGCACCUAGGCUUUGCCUUGGAAACUAUGAUUUAAAAUGCUACAUGAACAAUCAUGAUCCAAAUUGUAGAUUUUAAAAUGUUGAAACAUUAUGGUUGACUUGUAUCUUUCCAAUUUGAAUCUUUUGAAAGAUGUAGAAGCUUAGGGUAUUUGGGUCAUUUCAUCAUCAAUCCAGACUAUAUUAGAGAACUUCACAUUGGGUACAGCAUUCCCAAGCCUCCA